AUGGCUCACCCUAGCAACUACUGGAAACAAGAUGUUCUACCAUUGUCCAUCUUGAUUUUAACACUUGUGGCCACUGAGUGCACCGUAGGUAUCAUUGCGAGUGGGAUCAUCAUGACUCUGAAUGUAGUCUCAUGGGUUCAGAAAAAGGCAAGUUCUGUAACUACUAGGAUUCUGAUUCUUCUGAGUGUGUCCAGAAUAGGCCUCCAAAGCAUCAUGUUGAUAGAAAUGAUCUCCUCCAUAUUCAAUGUUUUUUUAGAAAACAGUGUUUUAUAUAGAGUCUCAAAUGUAAGUUUUGUAUUCUUAAAUUAUUGUAGCCUCUGGUUUGCUGCUUUGCUUAGUUUCUUCCACUUUGUGAAGAUUGCCAAUUUUUCUUACCCCCUGUUCUUCAAGCUAAAGUGGAGAAUUUCUGGAUUAAUGCCCUGGCUUCUGUGGCUUUCCGUAUUUAUUUCCUUCAGCUCCAGCAUGUUCUUCUGGAACCACAAAUACACUGUUUACAACAACAGUUCUCUAAGUGUCAACACCUGCAACUUCACCAGGAAAUUGUACUUCACUGAGACCAUUGUGGUCAAUGUAAUGUGUUUAUUCAGUUUUGGAAUCCUCCCUCCUCUGACAGUGUUCAUUGCAGCAGCUACUCUUCUGAUUUUCUCUCUCAGGAGACACAUCGUGCGUAUAAAAAACAGUGCCACUGGCUCCAGAAACCCACACAUAGAGGCUCAUAUGCAAGCCGUCAAAGAAACCAGCUGUUUUUCCUUUCUCUACAUUUUAAAUGCAGCUGCUCUGUUUCUGUCCACAUUCAACAUAGUCAGCACCAGCCUCUUCUGGAGUAUUGUCCUCAGAAUCAUUCUGCCUGUCUACCCAGCCGGCCACUCAAUUUUACUGAUUCAGAGCAACCCUGGAUUGAGAAGAACAUGGAAACAACUUCAGUCCCAAAUUCAUCUGUACUUACAAAGUAGAUUCGGAUAUUAG